AUGCCGACGCACAGCCCGGAAGAGCUGAGUCACAAGGCAGUGGAUGCUUUGUGGAGGGCUGCUUUAGAUGUGGUGAAGGACAACUUCAAUGCUGCAGAACAUCUCCCCAAGAAAGUUUACGAUCCCUUGAUGUUGCUGGUCCUGCACAUGGCGCCCCCUCAACGAGGAAAAUCUCGCUUGUUCCAAGCUGUUGAACUCCUUUUUGAAACUGCUGAUGACUUUGUGGCAAAGCUCGCCAAAAAGGCAGCAGAUGAGCUCGCCACCAAACUGGCGCCUCCACUAGAAGGUUAUCUACCGCCGUCAGAGAUGCAAGUCAGCACCAAGUCAAUUUCGUUGCAGAGCUUCACGAUGACGGAGUUCUUCUACAGGCGCUCCGUGGAGUUCCCGCAGGUGGAGAUUGGCGGGAAAAAGGAAAAGACAACUUCCAGGUUGUGGUACUGGCAAGCGUUCAACCUAGACGGGUGCUACGAGUUCCUAGAGAACAUAGGGCUGCUGGGUUCCCGCCAUGACCGAGACAAAACGUCUGGCGCCGUGAAUACUCACGCAAGCACGUUGAACACGCUUGCGCAGCGCGGCAAAACAAAGCGGGCCACGAGAACAUCCACCUCCUACGAGAGCUCACGGGCUCAGCACAUUGCCUUGUCACUCCUUGGCAAUGGCCAUCCAGCAAGGCUCAUCAGCAUGGAGCGGGGCCUGGAAGGUGGACACACUGCAGCUACAAGGGAAAGGUUUCUCUUUGCUGUGGAUGUGUCUGUGGCAAGGCACGAUAAAGUGCCCAAAGACCUUUUGGAAACAAAUGGUGAUGUACCAGCCUGGACCUGGUUGCCUUUGACCCCGCUGCAAGCGACCAUCUUCCGGUGGACUAGCUUGCUGAACAACCCCAAGCAUUUUGAAGGGGUCGAGAAGCCAGAGGUGAGACGGUGGUGGUGCGGACUGAGUGGCGGAUUAGUGGGCGGUGGCUUGUCAAGGACCAGACAGAACACAUCUGCGCUGGAGCGCGCAGGGUCUGUGAGCACUUCGAGAAGAAACCAAGUGGCACAAUCCAUCCGUGCGUCUGGCAAGGAGAGCACACCGUUGGAGGCCUUGCACGCAAACGCUGCUCACAUGCAAGGCAUGCUGAGCGCAAGUGUCGCCAUCUUGGAGUUGGCUGGUGGUGGGGGCACCUUUGACACCGAUGGAAAUUUGGAAAUUACUGAGGACCAUGCGCAGGUGGCUGCGCGGCUUGUCGAGCUCAGCGUUCAAGUCCGGGAAGUGUUGCGGGGCCCAUUGGAUCCUGCCACAGCUGCCAGCUCGGACGAGUCCGACAAUGAACCUUUCCAGCCCGUGCAAGUGCUUCCCCACGAGAUUGUCCCACUGAAGCUGUCCGACUUGGACCCGAAGGACAUUUUCUUCCAGAAAGGCUUGGGCGACAACGGCUCGAUGCUCCUCUCCUCCCAGGAUGGCAUUCUCAAAGACCGCGAGCUUGUCCAGAAACUGCUGCUGUUGGGGCGCAGCGAGAUCAAAAUGUCCAAGGUGGUUGACUCGUACCAUGUGGUGCAGCAAGUCCAGGGCAAGCGAGGGAAAGCUUUGCAAGUCUUGACAAAAGCUUUUGAGCUAUUUCCACGUCUUGGUUACAUUUUGCAGCCCGCUGGAGGAAGAGCGGGUGACACUAUGGUGGUCUUCCGUGCUUGGUCUUCUAACACAGGCAACCAGACUCAAUACCACAACGAAGCCAUGAGGUGCUGCAGGCUCAGCAUCCGGGACAUCUCAAAGCGGCGGGCUUUGUGGAAUGACCGCUCUGGUGGAGAGCAGAAGCCUCCUGCAAAUUCUGGCGCUGAAGAGACGCCGAAUGCUUCCGCAAGGGCUCCUUCGCCCCGUGCAUCUUCUGAUGUGAGGGCACCUAUGCCUUCCACGCCGCCGACUGGCCGAUAG